AUGAGACUCAAGGUUCCAGAGAGGUUGGCCACAAAGCUCCAGCUUAUAGCUAGUGGUGAACCAUGGGAUGGUCCUGGUGAUGAUUCUCUUGCCAGUUCUGGUGCCUUUAGAGUUAUAUCUCUUACAAUCUCCUUACAUCUCAUUGCAGUGGCUUUCGGGUUCCUUUGCUUACUUCUGAUGCUGGCAAUGGCAGUGUGGCUGACAAACAUUUUCCAGUAUAGUCAAGAAAAACACAAAGUGCAAAAAACUCUAAACAACCUCAAUUUCUAUAAUUUUUCUCAGGAUAGUGGAAACAACCAUGAACUGCAGAAAACUCUAAACAGCCUCACUCAACAGUAUCACAUCCUGCAAAGUAACAACUCCUUAAUAAAAGAAAUGCUGAGAAAUAAGUCUAGAGAGCUUGAUGACUUCAAACCUCAGAAGGAACUUGACUCCUCCAACAGAGAAAAGAACAGAUGCUGUGGGGAAAGUAAAGUUUUCGACUGCAUACAGCUCAGAGGCAAAUAUGUAGACGGAUACUGGUUCUGCUCUGGCAUAAAAUGUUAUUUCAUCAUGGACAAACAAGACUGGAGUGGAUGUAAACAGACCUGCCAGGACUAUAGUUUGUCCCUUUUGAAGAUAUACGAUGAUGAUGAACUGAAGUUCCUUCAGGUCAAAGUGAAUCCAAACACUUACUGGAUUGGAUUAUCGUAUGAUACAGGAAAAAGCAAAUGGCAAUGGAUUGACAAUGGCCCAUCUAACCUUGACUCGAAAAUAGCAAAUCUCAGUCUUAAACCUGGAAGAUGUGCAUUUUUAUCUAGAACAAGACUGGAUGAUACUAAGUGUGAAGAUCAUUACCCCUGUAUCUGUGAGAUGAGAAUGGAUAAAUUCCCCAAUUCACCCUCCAGAAAGAAGUAA